AUGACAGAGAAAGAUGCGCAGGAUAAUAGCCCAGCCAGAGAGGUUCACGAUAGGAUGACGAGAGAACAAUGCAUCUCGGAAAGAGCUUUGGGGAACCAGACUAGACACAUCCAGGUGACAGAAGCAUCAUUGCCGCCUGUGAUCUUGAGCAAGUAUAACAUCUCCCAGCUGUUGCUCGCCUCUGAAUUUAUUCAUCAGUUCAUGAUGGUCCAGGCUCUGAUGACGCUGCUCCCCAGCAAGCUCCCACCUUCAGUUCUUCAUGGUGAACUGGUACCUCCCAAGAGAAAUGAGGACGUCAACGCCCAGCAUCCAUGGGGUCACAUGGUCACGGGGGAAAAGAACGCCAGCAGAAACCAAAGGGAGUUUCUGAAUGCCAAGAUCACCGCCUCCCCCACCAUCAUGGAGGCAGAUACUGGACACCCUGGGAAAACGUCACACUGUAAAGACCCUUCACACACCCAGGGAGAACAUGAUGCCCCGGGCUCUGAAGAUGGGGCCAAGGGUUCACCUCUGGCUGGCUUCAGGGUCAGGCAGCCCAAAGAGACAAGUGGGCCAGGGCAGAGGAGGGGAGGCACUGAAAAGGGACUCCGUGGACCUGACUCUGCCACACGAACGUGGCUUUAG